AAUCAAUCUGAGGCAUCGGUCGCCUCUCCCGUCUCUCGUCGAACGCAACGGCAAGAUAGUUUCGUUCGGAAUCUCCGAUCUUGUGCUCUUCAUUUUUUGGAAUUUUUGAAUCGGCGGAUCGAAAUCUCAUCGAAUCACUUCAAUUUUCCGUUCUCGAGUGAUCGGAAAAUGGCGGAGCAGCAAAGGGCGAUGGAACCGGCGGUUCUGGACGAUAUAAUAUGUCGUUUGGUGGGAUUUCGGAACACGAGGCCGGGAUCUGGGAAGCAAGUUCAUCUCAACGAAGGUGAAAUUCGUCAGCUUUGUACCGUCUCCAGAGAAAUCUUCCUUCAGCAACCCAAUCUUCUCGAGCUUGAAGCGCCCAUCAAGAUCUGCGGUGAUAUUCAUGGGCAAUACACAGACUUGUUGAGGCUUUUCGAGUACGGAGGUUUUCCUCCAGAGGCGAAUUACUUAUUCUUAGGUGACUAUGUAGAUCGUGGCAAGCAAAGCUUGGAAACGAUAUGCCUUCUCCUAGCUUACAAGAUCAAGUACCCCGAGAACUUCUUCUUACUGAGAGGGAAUCACGAAUGUGCCUCUAUCAAUCGCAUUUAUGGUUUUUACGACGAGUGCAAACGAAGGUUCAAUGUCAGACUCUGGAAAACAUUCACCGAUUGCUUCAACUGCCUUCCCGUUGCCGCCUUAAUUGACGACAGAAUAUUAUGUAUGCAUGGUGGGAUUUCACCGGAUUUGACAAGUUUUGACCAGAUUAGGAAUAUGCCACGCCCUAUGGAUAUUCCGGAUUCGGGUUUGGUGUGUGAUUUGCUGUGGUCGGAUCCUAGUGGAGACAUCAAGGGCUGGGGAAUGAAUGAUCGCGGUGUUUCAUACACGUUCGGACCCGAUAAAGUUGCGGAAUUUCUGCUAAAGAACGAUAUGGACCUUAUCUGCCGUGCCCACCAGGUUGUUGAAGACGGGUAUGAAUUCUUUGCCGAAAGGCAGCUUGUAACGAUAUUUUCUGCUCCUAACUACUGUGGAGAAUUCGAUAAUGCUGGGGCAAUGAUGAGCGUGGAUGACGGGUUAAUGUGCUCGUUCCAGAUUCUCAAGCCUGCUGAUAAGAGAUCUCAGUUCCUAUGACAGAAGAUGAUGACGACUCGGUUUGCUAUAACGUUUUAAGCCCGGAAUUCUUCAAAAGAAUUCGUUGAGCUGCUUGCUGCUCGGCCGGCCGUCUGUUGUAAGGUGUGGCUGUUGGCCGGCUGGAAGCAGAGGAUGUAACAACUCCGAAAUCAUUGGACGCCCUCACAUUAGUUUCAGAAACAUUUUGCUUUUGAGAUCCCACAUAACAUUUGAUAUAAGAAUGAUCCAAGUUUGUAUUACCAGAGAUUACACCAAUAUUUUCUUUUUUCAUGAAUCUUAGACAUUCGACUUUGAAGUUU